GGGCUCUGGGGUGGACAAAUAACAAUUCAUCCAAAAAGGAAAAGGCACCCAAAAAAAAAAAAGAUCUUCUGCUUGGAAACCCCGAGAAACGAAGAAACAACCGGUUUCUAGAAUAUUCCAGUUUCCCCAACUAACAACAGCCCUUAUAAUUGCUUCAAAACUAAGAUAAGAAGCCACCAGAGGCCGCUCUUCUCAAGGCUUAGGGCAAGGAAGGAUCUGCUGCUAGGGUUUUCAGUAUACUAAAAUGGACAGAGGAGGAAGAAUCCGUAGAGGUAGAGGUGGUGGGAUGCUGGCGUUUCUGGCGCUCCACGCCGUGAGCGAGUAUUGCAGGCUGGAGAGAAAACCCCCCGUCACUGCUGGACUUUUGGCCGCCAAUACGCUUAUUUACUUGAGGAGACCGGGUUUCGUCGAUGCUAUGCUGCCAACCCUCGACCAGGUCUGGUUCAAUCCUGACCUUAUUCUCAAGCACAAGGAUCUCAAGCGCUUGGUGUUGUCGGCAUUCUACCAUAUUGGUGAACCUCACCUCGUUUACAAUAUGCUUUCGCUUUUAUGGAAAGGGAUCCAGUUAGAAAAUUCAAUGGGAAGUGUUGAGUUUGCGUCCAUGGUUACUGCAUUAGUUGUAAUGUCUCAGGGCAUCACUCUAUUACUAGCCAAAUCUCUUUUGGUGUUCUUUGACUAUGAGAGACCUUAUUACAAUGAGUAUGCAGUGGGAUUCUCUGGGGUGCUCUUCGGGAUGAAAGUUAUUUUAAAUUCCCAGUCUGAUAACUAUGCAUAUGUGCAUGGGCUUCUGGUGCCAGCGCGUUUUGCAGCAUGGGCAGAAUUGAUUCUCAUACAAAUGUUUGUUCCUGGUGUCUCUUUUCUGGGCCACCUUGGUGGAAUACUUGCUGGUCUUCUGUAUUUGCGUUUCAAAGCUUCUUAUUCAGGUCCAAAUCCUUUGACAAUGCUUUUAAAAGGUCUUACCAGCGUAGUUAGUUGGCCUUUGAGGUUUGUGCAGCAGUUAUUUAGGUUUCAGAGGAGACGAAUUUCAGGGAGGGGGGCUGUUGGUGGGGCACCGGGAAGAACGGCUUAUGUGUGGAGAUGCAGAGCAUGUACUUAUGACAACUCAGAUUGGUUAAAUACUUGUGAAAUGUGCGGUUCCAGUCGAGAUGGUGAUGGGUUGUCAUCUCUUGAGUUAUUAGGUCAGACUGAUGAACUUUCUUUAGAGGAAUUACGGCGUCGAAGAGUUCAAAGAUUCGACAGAUAAUUCAAGUCUGGGUUACGAAUUUUCGCCGUUGUUGAUAUGGGAAGUCAUUCUUGUCACAGAGAUAAAUUAGGCCUAUAGAGAAACAUUAACUAAAGAUUUGGUGUAGGUGGUUACCUAGAUCAACAGAUGUGCGUAUCCUCCGCCUAUACAGUAGGUUAGCCAAACUGCAUAUACAACAGGUUAACCAAAAAUAUCGAUUUAGCUUGGGAAGAAUGUAACAUUGUAUAGGUUGAUUUUUUGUAAGUCGUACACAUGCUUUUUCAUUCCCUUUGUUGUUCUGGCUCUCUCUGAUUAAUCAUUCAGGGAGAGUUUCUACUGGCUUUGCAAUCUUUGGCAAAUCUUGGAGAUGAUAGAAAGGUGAAGCUCUUCCUCUCGCAUUUCAGUUCGCAUUUUCUGGUUCAAAUUGAGAUGAUAAACUGAUUCUGCGUGCAGUUCCAGGUAUCUUUUGAAGAGAAAUAUUGAGGGGGUUGAGGAGGGGGAACGUGACAUGCCAGUGGAAUUACGCUCAAGGAGGGUGAGAACUGAGGGGGACUGGAGGAAUAGGGUGUCGGCAACUGGGAGGUAGUUGAUAGCGGAUCAUUAUCUAUGUAAGCUAAGUGCAAUCAAGGGGCAGGGUGCAUCGGAUUGAAGUUUUUUUUGUACAUAAUGCAAUGGCAUACGACCUGUGUCAAC